UCCUGCCAUGGGUCGCAAGAAUGUAUACCAUCCAAUAAUGUGUGCGACGGAUACGGCGAUUGUACGGACUGGUCGGAUGAACGCAAUUGCGAAUGUAAUGAGUAUCAAUACCAGUGUAAAAUGGGGAUGUGUAUUAAAAACUACCAAAGAUGCGAUACCAAAUACGACUGUCCGGACCUCAGCGAUGAGGAAAACUGCACAACUGAUUGUCCGCAAGGCCAGUACAAAUGUAAGAGCGGAAUUUGCAUCAUGCCGGAAUGGGUCUGCGACGGUUUGCAGGAUUGCGGAACCACGUUUGAUGACGAAGAAAAUUGCCCUGAAUGUAUGCCGGGUGAGUUCCGGUGUCUAAGCGGGGAGUGUAUUCAAGCCAGUCAAAGAUGUGACGGAGUGCCACAGUGUUCCGACCACACGGAUGAAAAAUCGUGC